UUGGUGACAUUCUACACAACGUUUCACCCAGAAACUUCAAAAUGGCGGCGGAGAGAGUAGCGAAUUCGUUGAACCUUACAGCGAUAAAGAAAAGCGAUCAGUGUGCCAUGAAUAUCUUGGAUAAUGCAUCACAAGUGGCACUUUACAAGUUUAACGGUGAUACACAAGCCUGGGAGAAAACAGAAGUGGAAGGAGCCUUAUUUGUUUAUAAUAGGUCUGCUACACCAACAAGUGCCUUUUUUAUUAUGAAUAGAUUGAGUAUGAAAAAUAUGAUGGAGCCAAUAACAAACACAAUGGAGUUUAAACUUCAAGAUCCAUUCCUCCUGUACAGGAAUAGUGCAAAAGAGAUAUUUGGUAUUUGGUUCUAUGAUGUUGAGGAAUGCAAAAGACUGGCCAGCCUAUUGACUAUGAUCAGUUCUCAGAAAAAUGCAUUAGGAAGUGCCACAGUCAUUUCACCCAAACCAUCAUAUGUUCAAGAGAAGCCAAAGGAAAGUCCAAGCAAUACCACAGAGGAAAAAGUUGAUAUCAUGCAGUUAUUUGCCAAGGCCCAGGAGAAAUACAAUAAUCAGUCCAAGACAAGUGGUGCAAGUGCAGUAGUUACUCAGGUAGUAAACGCAGCCCCAAGACCACAGAUACCUUCUGAGCAAAGAGAACAUCAACAGCGAUUCCUCCAACAAAACCAACAACCACUGGAACAGUUUCAAAAAAUAUUGCAAACUCAGGACACUCAGCCAAAGAAGCAAAGAGCACACUCUACCCCUGUCCCCUACCUGUUAGGAAAUUUGUCACUGUCCCCUGUGGGGAAAGGACCAUCCAAAGGGGAGGGGCAACAGAAUGGUGUAUCACCAGCAAGGGAGGGACAGACAAGUAAGAAGAAACUGAAAGUGAAGAGUAUCCCUCUGUCAGAUGUGAAGGCUCCAGUAAUUUCAGGAUCCAUGAAUAGAAGUCAGGAUGACUCUGCAGUUACUGAACAAGGAAAAGCAAGUGCACAAAGAAAGUUAUUUCAGAACGAGAAGGUGGAAUCAAAAAGCCUGGCCAUGGCACCUGCAACACCCACAGUUCCUCCACAGACAAUAGUGGCUUCUCAAGCAAAGGACUCUCCUCAGAAGCCACAGCUGGACCAAGGGGGUGCCACAGCAGCAUCACUUAUGUCUCCAUUAGCGUUCAAAACCUCAGGGAAAGUGACUGUUCAAACACCAACACCACCUCAGCCCAAACAGCCUCCAAAAAUGGACAUCGCUCCCCUAACACAAGAACAACUAGUUCAAGCGCUGACAUAUUUAUUAAAGAAUGACUCACAGUUCGUAGCCAAAAUACACGAGGCAUACUUCAAAAGUCUUCAGGAGAAAUUACCAACGUAGCCAUAACUGUUUCCACGGUUGGUAUUCCUUUGUCGAGCAGCAGGCAAAAACCUGGAUUCCUUUUUGCAGUGGGACACCAAAGGGAGAAGAUAUCGACCUGAAGGGUUAUAUGAAGAAGGAUAUAUGAUGGCAAGGUUUAACACGUUUUAAAUCCAAUUGAAAAUAAUUCAAUAGUAAAAAAUUGCGAGGAUGAUUGGGAAGCUAUGAGUAUCUCGUGAUAUCCGAAAGUAAGUUUUUCUAGCAUGUACAAAUUUUUCCUUUAAUUUUAGCUAAUGUUUGUUGUACUUUUAUGUGAUAGAGAAAUAAUUAUUGGCCAUGAAACUCAAGCAAAAAGGAAUAAUUAUGGAGACGAAUGAAGGGACUAAAAAUGACAAACUUGGAAUAAAUGUUUAACCCUUUUCGUACUAACA